CCACGAAUCAUCCAAGGAGAGUCGCGCCAUUCUUCACCACUCAAAAUCAGUCAUGGCCGGAUACCAGCCCUCAACCUAUUACGACAGCCGGUUCCGUCAAUCCCCCGCCCUCAUCCGGGCGCGGCGCCCGUACCUUGGCAAGAACGCUAUUCUCGGGCUUGGGCUAUCCGCCUUCGCGCUUGGAGUUUAUGCGUACACUCUCCGCGCCAUUGGCCAAGACGAGUUCGAAGAUGUCAAGGUUCCCGAUGUGCCAGUGAAGCCCAGCUCUGAGGGCGAGUGGAGAUGAGCGUGCUCACACCGAGAGGUAGAGGGGCGGGGAACGAGGCUGAAUGGGGUGAGAGUACCCGAAGUGAGGGGCCAGUGCUGCCCCUUUGUGUCAACUCAAUGUACAACAUAUACGGGAGGACAGGUGGCUAGAGCGGCCAAUGUAUUCUACGGUCCACGUCAUGGCAGAGUUCUAGGGAAUCUUACUUCGAUUCAUGGUGC